GUCGUGGAGCAAAACGAGAUUCGUUCCCAGGGCCUUUCAUCAAAACAUUUUCUCAGAGGAGAGGAGAAAAAUAAACCCUGUCACUAGCCUUCUUCUUUGCCUUCAUUAUCCCUCUUCCCUCCUAUCCUCGACUUCAUCCUCCUUAUCCUUUCCCCCCGCUCCAACUAUCACCAUUCUUUUGAGGCUGGCGCCUCAAGUUUCCUACUGUAUCUGUUGACUGUUGCUGGGGCCAAGGUACUAGAGCUGCUAAGCUGCCACUGCUAUUCAAUAGGUGGCUGCCCGUGACCACCAUUCGCAUUUCCUUCCUCCUGUUUCAGCUCCUAUCUCGACUAGAGAAAAACUCACAACACCAUCUUCACUUCGCAUCGCUCUCGCGCAUCAUUUAUCCGAAGCUCAUCGACUAGAAUCCCAACAGUGCUGAGCGCCUACGGGAGCAUAACUAUUCACCAUGGCGUACAAUGGCCGUGAUCAGGAGUAUGGAGGACAUGCUUUGCAGGACCUUCCUGCUGGCGGAAGCCAGUACCAUCUCCCCCCUCAAGAGAACGACGAGGAGCAGGGCCGCGGCCUCUUGAACUCGGGUUACGACCAAGAUCGACUUGGCGCCCGCACUCCCCCCGACCGCCCCGUCUCUGCUUACAGUCUCACUGAGUCCUAUGCCCCUGGAGCCUCGUCAACCAUGCCUGGCCAGGGACCUACUGGAUAUGGUGAUGGAGGCAGCUUUGGUCAGUUUGGUAACCUUGACGCCGCUGCCCCUUUCCCUCGCCCCGACUCUGCCUUCGAUCCCGAAGACAGCUGGGUUGAGCGACAGCAGCAGCCUCAGAUGGGCGGUGGUCUUGGCCGCUCGAAAACCCGAAAGAUCAAGCUGGUUCAGGGUUCAGUUCUGAGCAUUGAUUACCCUGUGCCAAGUGCGAUCAAGAAUGCUGUCCAGCCUCAGUAUCGCGACGCUGAGAGUGGUACCGAAGAGUUCCAUAAGAUGCGAUAUACCGCUGCCACCUGUGAUCCCAACGACUUCACACUCAAGAACGGUUACGAUUUGCGACCUCGCAUGUACAACCGACACACUGAGUUGCUGAUCGCCAUUACAUACUAUAACGAAGACAAGGUUCUUCUCGCACGAACACUGCAUCACACCAUGCAGAACAUCCGCGACAUCGUCAACCUGAAGAAGUCGACCUUCUGGAACAAGGGCGGCCCAGCUUGGCAGAAGAUCGUUGUAUGCUUGGUUUUCGAUGGUAUCGACAAGGCUGACAAGAACACCCUGGAUGUCCUUGCCACUGUCGGCGUGUACCAGGACGGUGUUAUCAAGAAGGAUGUCGACGGCAAGGAGACUGUUGCUCACAUCUUCGAAUACACCAGCCAGCUUUCCGUCACGCCCAACCAGCAGCUUAUUCGACCCACAAACGAAGGCUCACAGAACUUGCCACCAGUUCAGAUGAUCUUCUGUUUGAAGCAGAAGAACACCAAGAAGAUUAACUCGCAUCGAUGGUUGUUCAACGCCUUCGGCCGUAUCUUGAAUCCUGAGGUGUGUAUCCUGCUCGAUGCGGGUACCAAGCCCAGUCCCCGAUCUCUCCUUGCUCUUUGGGAGGGAUUUUACAACGAUAAGGACCUGGGAGGUGCUUGUGGUGAAAUUCACGCUAUGUUGGGUAAAGGCGGUAAGAAACUGUUCAACCCCCUCGUUGCCGUCCAGAACUUCGAGUACAAGAUUUCGAACAUUCUGGACAAGCCUCUCGAGUCUUCUUUUGGUUAUGUGUCUGUCUUGCCUGGUGCUUUCUCGGCCUACCGAUUUCGAGCCAUCAUGGGCCGUCCGCUGGAACAGUAUUUCCAUGGUGAUCAUACCUUGUCUAAGAUGCUUGGUAAGAAGGGUAUCGAUGGUAUGAACAUUUUCAAGAAGAACAUGUUCUUGGCCGAGGAUCGUAUUCUUUGUUUUGAGCUGGUCGCCAAGGCUGGCCAGAAGUGGCACUUGUCCUAUAUCAAGGCUGCCAAGGGUGAAACAGAUGUGCCCGAAGGUGCAGCUGAAUUCAUUAGUCAACGUCGACGAUGGCUCAACGGUUCAUUCGCUGCCACACUAUACUCACUGAUGCAUUUCGGACGAAUGUACAAGUCGGGUCAUAACAUCAUCCGCAUGUUUUUCCUCCACAUUCAACUCAUCUACACCACUCUCAACACUCUCUUCGCAUGGUUCUCUCUUGGUUCUUAUUGGCUUACAACAUCCGUUAUCAUGGAUCUUGUGGGUACUCCCAACGCUACGUCCGGUGUUCACGCCUGGCCAUUCGGCGACACGGGUACACCUGUCGUCAAUGCCCUGCUUCAGUACCUCUACUUAGCCUUCGUCAUGCUCCAGUUCAUUCUGGCUCUUGGUAACAGGCCCAAGGGCUCCAAGUUCACAUACAUCGCUUCCUUCAUGGUCUUCAGUCUCAUUCAGGGUUACAUCCUGGUUCUCUCAGCCUACCUGGUUGUUCGUGCUUUUGACACGCCCAUUGGAGACCAGAUCUCGUUCGCCUCGACCGACGCUUUCCUUGACAGUUUCUUUGGUGGUUCAAGCGCUGGAGGUGUUAUUUUAGUCGCUCUUAUCACCAUCUAUGGACUCAAUUUUGUUGCCUCGUUCAUGUACCUCGAUCCCUGGCACAUGUUCCACUCCUUCCCCUACUAUCUACUUCUCAUGUCGACUUACAUCAACAUUCUCAUGGUUUAUGCCUUCAACAACUGGCACGAUGUCUCUUGGGGUACCAAGGGCUCAGACAAGGCUGAGGCACUUCCCUCUGCCCACGUCACCAAGGGUGAGAAGAACGAGGUUGUUGUCGAGGAAGUUGAGAAGGAGCAGGAGGAUAUCGACAGUCAAUUCGAGCAGACUGUCCGCCGAGCUCUUGCUCCCUUCAAGGAGGAGGAAGAGGUUGAAAAGGCCGAUGUUGAGGAUGGUUACAAGUCUUUCCGAACAGGACUCGUCGUCAGCUGGUUGUUCGGAAACAUUCUCCUUAUUGUCUGCAUUACCAGCGACAAGUUUGAUAACCUCGGAUGGGGUGAACCUGCCACAGAUCGCAAGGCGCAUUACUUCCAGUUCCUUCUGUACGCUACUGCCGUGCUCUCGCUCGUUCGUUUUGCCGGUUUCUUGUGGUUCCUGGGCAGGACUGGUAUCAUGUGCUGUUUUUCGAGACGAUAAGCUUCGUGCGUACCUACGCUCGUUGUAUUCGACACUCACACUUUUCUGGAGAGACCAGGUACGGGAAAGUACUGGCACUUGUCAUAGUAGACAAACUGGAUUUUUGUACCGGAUACCUUUGUUAUGUAACGUACGCUGGGUUUUGACUAUUUGAGUUAAUGGAGGGACAUCCACAAAAGAGGACAUUGGAAGUGAAGGUAUUCAGACCAGACCUGAGCACGAGCAAAUGCAUCUCUAUUUAGUCUUUUUCAGAUUGGCAUCUGCCCCUGGGGGUUUAUGACGCAUUUGAAUGAUAUGAUUUUUUUUUGAUAGUUA